AUGUCUCGUAUUGCGUCCGUUGAUGUGCCCACAGCAUUGUACAGUGAAGAACUGAGUGCUCGCAAGCCGCCCCCUGAAGAGCCAAAGAGGGUCAGCACAAAGCAAUCCCAGACGGCGUCUGAAGCAGCGAGUGACUCCAAAUCUCAUAUCCUCAUGGCCUUAAGUUUUUGCAGCAGGGCUCCUCCUUCAUCCCGGGCAUCAAUUUGCAGUGUUCGUACGUCCGUGCGGUCAUCGAGAAUCCCCGCAUUCUCACACGUUGACUUCAGUACUUUCAAGAGGCCUCAUUCACAGCCCCGAACCCUAAGCGGAAAGCGUGUUGUUAUUAUGAAACAUAGCGACACUAAUAAUAAAAAAGGCCAAAAAUUCGUAAAACCAGAUAUUGCAAUGGCGCGUCCCAUCACUCAUGCGGGUGUGCAGCGGGAUCGAAAUGGAACAAAGCACGGAGAGCGCUCAGUUAACGGCACUUGUGUCUGGUUGCCGAAGGAGACGUGCUUAACAUUUCUGGACUUCUCGGAGAAGCGGUUACGAACAUUACCAUGUCCGCAUGGUCCGGGCAAACAUUCUUGUCACGGCAGUGGUAUUGUUUCUCUGGCAAAGGGGCGGGUCAACCCGAUGGAAUGCGUGCAGGUUUUGCAACUGUCCCGCAACAAAAUUUCACUCCUCACAAGGCCCACGCCAGUUGCAAGAGGAGGGGAAGAGGGCGUAAAAGCAAAUGGAGCUGCUGGUGUUGUGGGAAAACCAUUACGCCUCACUGCGUUUAGACGUGUCGUGCUUUUGGAUGUGAGCUACAAUGAGUUGGUGGGCCUCGAGGGAGUGGAAUGUAUGGUAUCAUUGCGUGAACUGCAAGCAUCUCAUAACAGGAUCACAAAUCUUCAUCCGCUUUUUGCACCCCACUCACUCCUGGGGUCUCCCCAUGCGUUACAGGUACUUGACGUAAGCUUUAAUGCAAUUACCACGAUAUUGCCCAGGCAGAACGUCGGUAGCGACUGUGACUCGGUUGAGGAGCCGCAGCCUCAACUCCUCGGAUUGCGCAGUCUCGAUCUCUCUUGUAACUUCCUUACGGAGCUCAACAGUGUUUCCUCACUGUUCCCCAAUUUACAGAAGUUGCGUGUCCUAUACAACAGAAUCACCGAGGUACCGCCGCUUCCUAAAAGUCUGCAUUACGUGUCUCUUCAAAAGAACUUUCUCUCGAAGCCUGAGGUUCGCCGUGGAAUGGAGCUACGGGGGGAAUUACCGCACCUGACGUUAAUGAACCUGAGCGAGCAGCGUGUGCCGGGAGCGGAAAAGGAAACCAGUCAGUUCAGUGAGAUUGGUGACAGUGGUGGAACAAGCCAGUUAUGCCCUACCGAGAUCAAAAAGGGGGCGGUACAAAAAGUGGAAAAUGAAAGGGAAGCAGCGAAGGAGGAAAAGGAAAUGAAGAAGAAGGGACGAGAAAGGGAGGGGGAAGGAAAAGAAAAUGGAAAGGCGAAGAUGGAGAAAGAGGAAACCAAACGACCGAGCAUCGCGAGCAGUAGCCGUGGAGUGUCACACGGUUUAUGCAAGGGUUGCAGCAAUAGUAAAGUUAAGGAUAAUAAAAAUAAACGCGAUGGAACUGCUACCAGCAUGGCUGCCGGUAAAAGUGAUGGAAAGGAACGUAGCAAACGUGCUGCCGCAUCUGGUGAGGGGCGCCAAAAAUUGAAGGCACAAACCGAAAGUGAGGGAUGCCACGUGGAUGCAAUUGACGAGGAUAUUAUUGCUCGCAUGCGGUUCCGCACACAACGCAAGGAAUUGGACGUAUCUAAGGCACUCAACAGAGAUUUAGAUUACAAGAGGGUAACGGCCGCACGGGGCGUCGAUAACUACAAGUUAGUGACUGGGACCGGAGCGAUGGAUGUGUCUAAGGGCAGCGGAGUGACUCAAUUAACCAUUGCUUCAUUGGCCUCGUUAAAGGUGUUGGAGGCCAAGUUGUACCGCCAAAAAGAGGAAACAGACGAAGUUGGUGAAGGUGAAGGUGACGGUGAUGUUAUCUCGGGUGACGUCGUCGGUAAGCGGUCGGCCAAAUGGUUGACUCCACGCGUGAAUGGAGCCUUUGGUUGGAAUUGGCUCGCAUCAGAGCUGCAGCCACCAUUGCGUUGGGGUGAAGCACAACGAAGUGCGUCAGAAGCUCAACAUGACAACUACCUCUGUUUUGUACCAGGUCGGACGGUUGACGGAGAGGCCAUUACGGCAUACAAAACCAUAGACUAA